UUGGGGGGGGGGGUACCGAUCAUGACUGGAGGGGGACCCGCCGAUCUGGUGCCCACGGUGGCCGUCCGGGUCUUCUCAGCUGGGACAGCCGGGUGUGUGGCCGACCUGGUCACCUUUCCUCUGGACACCGCCAAAGUGCGACUGCAGAUCCAAGGUGAAUCCAAAGCCUCACCAGGGAGUCGUCCAGCGAACUACAGGGGUGUUUUUGGCACCAUCGUCACCAUCGUGAGGGGCGAGGGCCCCCGGGGUCUGUACAGCGGGCUGGUGGCCGGCCUGCAGAGACAGGUGUGCUUCGCCUCGGUGCGCAUCGGCCUGUACGACACCAUGAAGCAGCUCUACUCCCGCGGAUCAGAGAAUGCUGGACUCGGGACCCGGCUGCUGGCGGGCAGCACCACGGGGGCCAUGUCGGUGGCCUUCGCCCAGCCCACUGACGUGGUGAAAGUCCGGUUCCAGGCGCAGGUCCGACUGCGAGAGAGCAGCUCUGCCCAGAGAUACAACAGCACCAUCGAUGCCUACAGGACCAUCGCCAGAGACGAGGGCGUGAGAGGGCUCUGGAAAGGCUGCCUUCCAAACAUAACUCGCAAUGCCAUCGUGAACUGCUCCGAGCUGGUGACCUACGACAUCAUCAAAGAGUCCCUCCUGAACAACAACCUGAUGACAGACCGCGCGCCGUGCCACUUCACGGCCGCCUUCGCGGCGGGCUUCUGCACCACGGUGGUGGCCUCCCCGGUGGACGUGGUCAAGACGCGCUUCAUGAACUCCGUGCCCGGGCAGUACGGCGGCGCCAUCAACUGCGCCCUGACCAUGCUGGUCAAAGAGGGGCCCUCUGCUUUCUAUAAGGGCUUCGUGCCCUCUUUUCUCCGUCUGGGCUCGUGGAACAUCGUGAUGUUCGUGAGCUACGAGCAGAUUAAGAGAGCAGUGACCGGGCUCCAGCAGUCCUGGGAGUCCCCCCCCCCAGGCCCCCGUCUGACAGCUGGAGCCGUCCGUCCUGAGAAAUAA